AGCAUCCAAUCUAGAUCCAACGGUUUCAUACGGAAGUGGUUAAAUGUAAAAUAGACACUAGGUUUUAGGUGGAAGGGGUUAAAUGUAAAAUAACAGUUACCAUUAGAUCUAAAUCGGAUGCACCAGAUCGCUUGAUUGCAUGCUUGCACUAGGAUAAGUGAUUGCAUAGGAUAUUUUCCCACUAAGGUUGAGACAUAUUUUUUAGCGAAUACAACUUGAGGGAUGAGAUUGCCGAUGAUUGUCACUUGACUGGGAGUCUGGAUCUCAAGCAACCAGCCCCAAGAACUGUUCUGCUCCCCAGUUGUAUAUACGAUCGAAGAAAAAAAAAAGAUCCCAAACCCUAGCAUCUCUCAUGGACGACGGCGACGGCGGACUGAGCUUCGACUUCGAGGGCGGCCUCGACUCUGCCCCGGCGGCCGGGGGCCCCGUGCCGUCCUCCACUGACCCUGGCGCGGGAGGCGGCGACGGGCCGGGUAUGCACGGGCGCGGCCGAGGUCGCGGGAGCUACCGCCAGACGGUGUGCCGCCACUGGCUUCGGGGCCUAUGCAUGAAGGGCGAGGCGUGCGGGUUCCUGCACCAGUUCGACAAGGCCCGCAUGCCCGUCUGCCGUUUCUUCCGCGACUUCGGCGAGUGCCGCGAGCCCGACUGCGCGUACAAGCACUCGUACGACGACGUCAAGGAGUGCAACAUGUACAAGAUGGGGUUUUGUCCCAAUGGUCCUAAUUGCCGGUACAAGCAUAUCAAGCUACCUGGGCCACCGCCUUCUGUUGAGGAAGUUCUUCAGAAGAUUUUGCAGAUGCGCUCUUUUAACAGAUACAGUCAGAAUAGAAAUAGUAAUUAUAAUCAGCAAGGGGAGAGGCCACAACAUCCACAGGGUUCUGCGUUGCCUAACCAAAACUCAGCAGAAAAUGCUACUGCUGCAGCUCCACCAGCUGGUGGACAACAAGCACAAACGCUGAAUCAACAGCCACCACAGCAGCAGCAGAAGCCAAAUACAAAUGACCAGGCCCAAGGUGUUUCAAAUGGCCAUCAGGCCACUAGAAUCGCCACACCCCUUCCACAAGGACCAUCUAGGUAUUUCAUUGUUAAAAGUUGCAAUCGGGAGAAUCUGGAAAUAUCAGUUCAACAAGGAAUUUGGGCCACACAGAGGAGUAAUGAGGCUAAACUCAAUGAAGCUUUUGAAUCCACUGAGAAUGUUAUUUUGAUAUUCUCAAUUAAUAGAACUCGCAAUUUCCAGGGGUGUGCAAAGAUGACUUCUAGGAUUGGUGGCUACAUUGGUGGUGGAAAUUGGAAAUCUGCUCAUGGAACAGCGCAUUUUGGUCGGAACUUCUCUAUGCAGUGGCUUAAGCUUUGUGAGUUGUCAUUUCAGAAAACCCAUCAUCUCCGAAAUCCAUACAAUGAUAACCUCCCUGUUAAGAUCAGCAGAGAUUGCCAGGAACUAGAACCUUUCGUUGGUGAGCAGUUGGCUUCUCUGCUUUAUCUGGAGCCAGACAGUGAACUCACGGCUAUGCUAAUUGCAGCAGAGGCCAAGCGAGAGGAGGAAAAAGCAAAGGGAGUGAGUGCUGAUGAGGCAGCUGAUAAUCAAGAUAUUGUGCUGUUUGAUGACAAUGAAGAGGACGAGGAAGAGGAAAGCGAGGAGGAAGAAGGCAACGCCCAAGAGUCUCAAGGAAGGGGAAGAGGAAGGGGGAUGAUGUGGCCGCCUCAAAUGCCGAUGAUGCGUGGGGCAAUGUUGGCAGGGCGUGGCUUCCCUCCUAACAUGAUGGGUGAUGGCUUUGGUUUUGGCGGCGGUUUCGGCAUGCCUGAUCCAUUUGGCAUGCCACGCGGCUUCCCGCCAUUCGUUGGCCCAAGGUUCCCUGGUGACUUUGCUAGAGGCCCGAUGCCAGGGAUGGGUUUCCCUGGCAGGCCUCCGCAGCCUUUCCCUCUGGGUCUUGACAUGAUGAUGGGUCCUGGCCGUGGUCCGCUGAUGGGAGGCAUGGGAAUGGGUGGGCCUGGACGGCCUAAUCGUCCCAUGGGUAUGGCGCCCUUCAUGCCCCCGCCACCUCCAAAUAACCGUGCUGCGAAGCGGGAGCAGAGAAGGCCAGGGGGUGACCGAGGGGACAGGUUUGAAACAGCAUCAGCAUUAGACCAGGGCAGCAGGGGCCAUGAUAACACUGGAAACCCUGGAGCAGAUGGAGCCAGAGCCCAGUCUGGAGACAGGUACGGUAGAAGCGCCCUUCGGGACGAUGACAGCGAGAGCGAAGAGGAGGCCGCUCCCAGGCGAUCAAGGAAACGAUAGAGCGUCUCUGACAUUUCAUGCUGUUACUUGAAAUGAGAUGUACUGUUGAAAGAUGAGUAGAUUGUCUUCACCCAGAUUAGAGCUAAGAUAAUGAAAAUGUGGAUUGUGUAUAACUGUAUGCUGUCAAGUGACAUUGGUAGUUGAAUUUUUCUUAGGCGGAAAAGGCAGCCGGCUGAGAUUAUUCUUCCGGAGGUGCAUCACAGUAUAUGACUCCAGUUAGGAACGGGUAGAAUAACGUUGGCAUGAACUAUCUGUUUAAGAGCUUGUUCGUUUCAACCAACUAUCUGUUUAAAAUUCUUUGCUAGUCAAAAUUGAAUAGAAAUAAAAGAUUUAAUUC